AUGGAGGUGAUGGAAGCUCCAAUUCGUCGAGACAGUCUGGCCUCGGAAUGCAUCUCCUUCAGAUCGGGCAGCACAUCUGGCGAAGCAUUCGAGGAAAACUUGGACGAAAUGAGCGAAAGUGAGCUGAGGACAUUGCUAUGCGAUUUGGAGAAGCGAAAUCGAACGUUAGCGACCGAGAUCGGUAUGAUGGAGGCAUUCCUCAAAAAACAACAGGCCAUGGAGGCCUCUCUAUCGACGAGGAAUCGCAGCAUGGAUAGCAAGAGCAAAGCUCCUCUUCUUCGAGACACAUCCUCGAGUAGCAGCACCGAAAAAUCCAGAAUUCCUACCAGUUUGAACGUGGGACAAAAGAAGGAGCUGGUGAGCGGAGCACUCAUGAAAUGCCACGAAGAGGCCGAGGACCUCGAAGACAAGAUGGAAUUCGGUCGAGGGGAAAUGGAGAUCGCCAUCGACGUCGCCGAAUCGCAAUUGGGCGACGUGAGGAGAUCCAGGGAGAAAUUUCUAUCAACAGUCCAGUUGUGGACCGAGACGAUCCUCAUGGAAGACAGAGAUGGGGAAAGCGUCCCUAUCACCCGGUACCCCACCGAACCCGUUCAAAAGCUGCUGGAGGGGGAGCUGAAAGGGAAGAAAGGAGAGGAAGAGAGGGAGAAGCUCAGAGGGAUGGAGCUGAGGAGGGAAAUGAAGAAGAAAAGCGAAGUCCUGAAGGCGAAAGAAGACCUGAGAAAAGUCUUUUCACCCGUGGACCUUGCUGCCAUGCCGAUUCGCAUUCAAAAAUUCCACGAGAGACUGGUUAAACACGAAGCGAAGUCUAGGACUCUCAAGGAUUCAUUACGCAGAGCGAGGAGGCUUGUCAAGGAUUUCAAGGACAAGGUCAAAAGCGAAGAGGAGAUGCAUCGAUCCCUCGAGAACACGAGGAAGGACUUGCUCAGAAUUCUAGAUUCUCUCACAGCAGCAGAAUCGAAUCAAGAGGUGAAAGUUGGAGGACGCAGUUCCAUAAGCUCCAAGGGAUACCAAAUCACAGUGGAAGAUCUUCAAGCAGUGAACAAGGAAUUCCAUCGGCUCUCACUGGCAGAAAAGCACCUGCAGUCCAAGCUGACUAGAAGUCGGAUCAAAAGGAAAUUUGCCAAUAGAAGAAAUUCCAAUAAGACCAGCGUCGUGAGACAGAAGAAUCCUUUAUUGAUUUCCAGAGACAAAGCAAAAAGAACCAUCAUGAUGGGUUCCAAGAGGACAGAAAAAUAA